GGAAGCAGAAGUUGAAGCUUGACAUUCCAGCUGAACGACGGCUGGAAGAUCUCACAGCUGAGGGAUCACUGACGUCUCUGAGCUGCAGGGGGCAGCAGCUCACCAGCAGAACCAGGGCAGACCAGCGUUCACAGGAGCAGGAAACCAGAGGAGGGUUGGGCUUCAAAGCUGCUGAGCAGGAAGAGAAACUCUUCAAACACUGGCCGUUGUUGAGAGGAGGAAAUGGCUCAGGGAGGAGCUCAGCUGGAUCCACUAAAGUUCUCUUGUUCCAUCUGUCUGGAUCCCCUGAAGGAUCCGGUGACGGUUCCCUGUGGACACAGCUACUGCAGCAACUGUAUUAAUGGACACUGGGAUGAAGAGCAAAACAAGGGAAUCUACAGCUGUCCUCAGUGCGGGAAGGAGUUCAAGCAGAGACCUGACAUGGAGAUAAACAUCAUGUUAGCAGAGUUAGUGGAGGAUCUGAAGAAGACUGGACUCCAAGCUGCUGCAGCUGAUCUCUGCUCUGCUGGACCUGAAGAUGUGGCCUGUGAUGUUUGCUCUGGGAGGAAGCUGAAAGCCGUCAAGUCCUGUCUGGUCUGUGUGGUCUCUUACUGUGAGGAACACCUCCAAGGUCACUACGAAGCAGCUCCAUUGAAGAAACACCAGCUGGUGGAGCCCUCCAAGAAGCUCCAGGAGAAGAUCUGCUCUCUUCAUGAUGAGGUGAAGAAGAUUUUCUGUCGCACUGAUCAGCAGUGUAUCUGUUACCUCUGCACCAUGGAGCAACACAGAGGCCAUGAAACAGUCCCAGCUGCAGCAGAAAGGAGGCAGAAGCAGAAGGAGCUGGAGGGGAGUCGACUAAACAUCCAGCAGAGAAUCCAGGAGCGAGAGGAAGACGUGAAGCUGCUUCAGCAGCAGAUGUUUGCCAUCAAUGUCUCUGCUGAUGAAGCAGUGGAGCACAGCGAGGAGAGCUUCACCCAGAUGAUCCGUCUCCUCCAGAAAAGAAGCCUUGAGGUGAAACUCUGUGAACAAAAACCUGAAAUUAUCUGAUGGAGACAGAAAAGUAACUUUUACAGAGGAAGUUCAGCCUUAUUCUGAUCAUCCAGACAGAUUCACUGUAUUGCCUCAGGUUCUGAGCAGAGAGAGUCUGACUGGACGUAGUUACUGGGAGGUGGAGUGGAGAGGAGACGUUAUUGUAGUAGUCACAUAUAAGAACAUCAGCAGAGCAGGGAGGGGAAAGGAAUGUGGACUUGGAUUUAAUGACAAAUCUUGGGCUUUACAUUGUAAAUUUUUUGGCGGUUUUAUUUUUUGGCACAACAGCAUCCACACUCCCGUCUCAGGUCCUCAGUCCUCCAGAGUGGGAGUGUACCUGGAUCACAGAGCAGGUAUUCUGUCUUUCUACAGCAUCUCUGAAACCAUGACUCUCCUCCACAGAGUCCAGACCUCCUUCACUCAGCCGCUACAUGCUGGAGUUUAUCUCUAUGGUUCUGGAUGGUCAGCAGAGCUGUUGAAACCUGAGUAGAGGACUCCAUCAGAUCUCCUUGUGUGGUUUUCUAAAGGAGCCUCCACAUUUUCUGAGCUGAGACGUUGAUGAGAUUUCUGACAGCAAGAAGAUUGAAACCAACAGAUGGUCGGCCGUCUUCUCAGAGAUUUUCUACGUGGACAAAAGGAUGUGAGACGAGUGUGGAGAGACAGAAAGGAGCUGAGUUAGUGGAGAAAAACAUGGCCGCUGCAGCCGUCAGUCCCCUCACUGAUUCCUCAACUGAUGCUUUUCUAAUAGUUGGACUCAUUUUUCAAGCUUCUCAAACAGGAAGUUCUUCUUCAUGGACCACAGGAAGCUGCAGCUUUUCACACUUUGGGGGAUUUGAAGUGGAAAUUAGGAGCUUUCACAUGUUUGGAUUGAUCAGUCUUUCUUUUUUCAUGAUUCUUUUCUGACAUUUGAUCCUUCAGAGUGAAGAUUUGUGGAUUUUCUUGAACAGUGAACUGAUUGUUUUGGCUUUUUGGAUCUUCAUCUGUCACCAAGUGGCAGGAAGUUUGAUUCUGUUAGCUGGAAAUGACUCCAGUCGACAACAACAGUCAACAAUUUACACACAAACACACACACACACACACACACACACACACACACACACACACACACACACACACACACACACACACAGGUUUCUUUUAAA